AUGUCCCGUCGCCAAUUCUCUACUCCCACCUCUUCCACUCCAAAGGACUCGACAUCUCGCCUCCGCAAGCUGAAUGAUCGGCUCCCGUCCUUCCUUCGCGCCUAUACGACCCCGUUACUUGGGGCCCCGGGAACGCAUAUUACCUCCUUUUUGAUCCUACAUGAACUUACCGCCAUUGUACCCCUAUUCGGACUUGUGACGGCUUUUCACUACGGCAAUUGGCUACCAGACUUAACCUCAAGUAACGCCUUUGAAGAAGGAACCCGACGAUUCGGGCGGUGGUUGCAGAAGAAAGGCUGGGUCGAAAAUGUUGAUGUGGACGCCAUUGAGUUGGCCGGAGGUGUAAACAGCUAUGACCCUGUCACAAAAGAUCAAAUGACGGAGAGCGACAGGAAAGGUGUACGCCUGGUGCUGGAGUUUGCGACGGCGUAUGCGGUCACCAAGGCUUUACUACCGCUCCGGAUUGCCGCAAGUGUCUGGGCGACGCCUUGGUUUGCCCGAGCCAUACUGGUACCGACAGGAAAAGGGUUCAAAAAGCUGUUGGGGAGAAAGUAG